AUGUCCACCCAGAUCGAGGCUAGGUCUCUGGCCUCACUCAACUACCUCGCCGCCAACCCCCCGCAAUAUCCUCACAAGCCGGCCGACCAGCGUCAAGACCCCCUCACACUCUACAUCUCCCGCGUACCAGGCACAAGAGACGUAAUCCUGACAACGUCGAAACCGCACCCGAAAAACGUCACCAGCGAAGACGUUGCAAACUCCUUCUACUACAUCCAUCUGGAACUCCCCAACGACGGCGCCCGCCCGUACAAUCCUAACCAGGCGCAUCAUGCGGCCUCUCAAGCCCAUCACUUGCGUAACCCGGACACGCCCAGGUCGAGUCAGGAUAGCGCCCGCAGCGCGAACCAGAUCCGUCGGAAACCCUUGCCCACUGGCGCCAAAGUCCCCUCGCCGCCUGCCGACCCGGCACCCUCUCAGUUGCCGCCGAACCUCCCUCCGGCCCCUACCUCACCUCACCCGGCUGCCGCAGGAAAUGGCGGCUACGGCUACGGCUCCGGCUACGCGCCCGGUGCUGACCCGCGCCAACCCCGCUCGACCGAGGACCACCCGGACCUUCCCCCGCGGCCUACCUCCAACUCUCCGCCAAUGCCGGUCCGCAAACCAGUAGGCGCGCGAGCAACCCAGGCCCCAGCCCCGGAUUACGCCACGCCCUCCUCCGUCCAGCCCCCUGACCCUCACCGCGCCUCACCAUCCCACGAGACCUCUCACGUUCCCGACGAGCCGACAUCCCCCGCGCGUUCGCGGCGCUGGUCUCGCACCCCGGCAGGGUCCUCCAUCUUCCGCCAGCAGUCUCGCUCCCCCUCGCCGAGCCGCUUCCACAACACUACGGCGGUUCCAUACACCCUCUCGCUGAUCCGCCGCGAUCCGAGCUCGGGGAACCAGUGGAACAUCGGCCGCGUCUCGUCGCACCAGCUCGAGGACGCGGGCGACGACGGUUACGAGUACUUCUCCUUCGACUCGGCCGGCCUGUCCGCUCACGACCGCCGGCGGGCGAACGCGCCCCAGCCGCCCAUCAAUAUCCGCCUCGAGUCUUCCGGGUAUGCAAAGUUCCUCCACAUGCCGCUGCGGCAGAGCGUCGACAUGGCCCGAAACUCGUCGUCCUCCCUCCCCUUUGCCAGCUCCGAAGACGCCCUCCACCAGCUGCAGCAACAGCAGCAGCAAUCCUCUGAGGGGGGCUUCUCGCGCCAGGUCGUCAUGGCCUACGCGAAAUCGUGGUCCUCCAACAUCCGCGAAAAGCUCAGCUCGCGGUCCCGCUCCGGCAGCGUCGACGACGGCGGCGGCGGCCACGCGGCACCCGGCUCAUCCCCGGAACGUUCCAAGCGCCACAUCCGCCAGCUGAGUGCGAACUCGACGGGCUCGGUGUCCUCCAACGGCAGCGACUCGGGCCCCAUCAUCACGCAGCCGGGCCACGGCCUGCGACCCAAGGGCUACGUCUUCAUCUCGCCCUGGGACGGCCGCUGCGAGUUCCGCACGGGCAACGCCGGGCGCAGCGUCAAGUGCAGGCACCUCCUCCCCAUGGCGGGCGGGCUGAGCAACCCGCUCGCGCCGACCGGCUCGUCAACCUACUCCGCUGUUGUGAGCGAGCUGCGGUUCAACCUGCCCAGCACGGAGCUGUUCCGUCAGGAGGGCAAGAGGGAGCAGCUCAGCGGACACUUCAGCCGGUUGCUGAAGGUCGGCAACCGCGACGGCGAGUACAGCGACGACGACGACCCGCCGAGCCCCUUCGACCUCAAGCUCGGCAAGGAGCGGGCCGGUGGCGGGAAUCGAGGAAAGAGGGCCAAGCUGGGCAAGCUCAUCAUCUACCCCGAGGGUCUCAAGAUGUUGGAUUUGGUAGUGGCUGCCAACAUGGGCGUUUGGUGGGGAGCUUGGGAGAAGACGUUCUAG